AGUAAAAUCAACUAUUACAAAAUGUAUAGAUGGUAAUAUUUUUGAGGGUAUGAUAUAAUAAGUAAAUCUAAUAACGCAUACUCAGCAGUCAGCUGACAUCGAUCUUAUAAAUGUACAUUAGCAGUUACCGCGUGCUCGCGCGUAGGUAGAGUGUACGAUGCACGUCGUUCUGUUGAGCUUUUGAUCGAAACCACCAGCAUCCGUGAACAAAAUAUAUUGAGCCUUUUUAUUUUACCUAGUCAGCGAUAUAUAUUAUAUACCUUAUAAGCCAUGACAUGCCAUGACCACAGCUGAUAUACUUUAAUCGUGGUGAUAGUAGUACACCGGCUCUAAUCUCUAUCUAUAGACGUUUUAUCACUAAUUAACGUUUGACAAAAAUGUAAAUCCACUAUUCUCUAUUCUGUGUUGUAUUUCAGAGUUCCAGACUCCAGUUCCAGGUUUCCAGAAUCCAAACUUCCAUUAUGUACAAUCUUUGAUUGUCGAGAAAAUAUGAAAUUUGCUUAAAAUAUUUAAUGAUUUAAUGAUUAUAUAAAAUAUUUAAAUUCUUAAGCUGUUAAUUCAUACAGUAACUGUUGUGGAGUUUAUGAUCAUUAUUUUCUUUCCUUUUGGCGGCUAUCACAAUGAAUGCGGAAUUCUAUCGGCUAGGAGUCAAUGUUGCUGUAACACAUUCAAGGCAGAAGUCGACAAUCUAUGCACUCUCUUCAGGUCUUGGAAAAUGUGGUGUAGCUGUAAUCAGAGUAUCUGGUCCAUGUACAUCUAAGGCUAUAUUAAAUAUGACCCAUUUAAAAUAUUUGCCAAAACCUAGAAAAGCUUGUUUGCACAAAAUUAUAGACCCAACUACUAAAGAACAAUUAGACAAUGGAUUAUUACUGUGGUUUCCAGGCCCCAAAAGUUUCACUGGCGAAGAUUGCUGUGAAUUUCAAGUACACGGUGGCAGGGCUGUUGUCACUUCAGUUCUUCAAGGUUUAUCUAAGCUACCAAAUUUUCGACCAGCCGACCCCGGAGAAUUCACCAAACGUUCGUUUUAUAAUAACAAAAUGGAUUUAACUGAAGUAGAAGGUUUGGCCGAUCUUAUAGAAGCUGACACUGAGCUUCAAAGAAAGCAAGCACUGAUGCAGUUAGAAGGUUCUUUGAGACAACUCUACGGUUCUUGGAGACAAUAUCUUUUAGAAAAUUUAGCUUAUGUCGAAGCUUAUAUAGAUUUCAGUGAAACAGAUAAUAUUGAAGACCUGGUGUUGGCAAAUGUUAAAGAAAAUCUAGAAAAACUUGCUAAAGAAAUUGAGAUGCACUUAAUGGACAACAGGUCAGGUGAACUUUUACGUGAUGGAGUAAAAGUGGCAAUAAUCGGAGCACCGAACACAGGAAAGAGUAGCCUCUUGAAUUCUUUGUGUAGCAGAGAAGCUGCUAUAGUAACCGAAUUGCCUGGUACUACUAGAGAUCCAAUUCAGGUUCCCCUAGACGUGUCUGGUUACUCUGUACUUUUAAUCGACACUGCAGGGAUUCGUUCAAAAACUGUAGACUUGAUUGAAGGCUUGGGAAUAAAGAAAUCUAAAGUCCAGGCUGAAAGUGCCGACAUGGUGAUUCUGGUGACUGAUGCUCAAUGUCUCCUCGAUGUAGACAACAUGGAUUUGUGGCUUCAAAAACAUGUUGAAAAUUUGAAAGUGCGGUGUGAUAAUUGUCUAGUAUAUGUGAAUAAAAUUGACAGUUUGUCAGACGACCAAGUUAUUAGACUUAAAAAAGUAUCACAAAAUUCUUAUUGGACCGUGUGUUUUGGUUCAUGUAAAGUCAAUGAAGGUUUGCUGGAUAUGAUGAGGACGUUUGAAAAUUGUUUGCAACAAAUAUGUGGAAAUCCGAAUUUUGAACAUCCUCGAUGUAGUCAAGCAAGACACAGAUAUUGUCUCUUAAACGCAUUGAAUAAUGUUCAGACAUAUCUUAAAAUGUCUGAGUCCGACAAAAACAUUGAUGUUGCUGCACAGCAUUUGCGUAAGGCAACAUUAUAUGUAGGGAAAAUUACAGGACACGUAUCGACUGAAGAAGUACUCACCGAAAUAUUUUCCAAAUUUUGUAUUGGUAAAUAAUAAGAUAAUAAUUGAUAAAUGUUACCUCCUAUAUUAUAGUUUUAGUUUAGUAAUUUUUCUCUUGAGUAUGUAUUAAUAUAUAAUGUAUACUUUUUAUAACACACAUAAAUCUGUACUUGUGGUGUGGUCUGUGGAUACAGCGAUAAUAAUAAUUAAUUAACAACCCUGCCAUAAAAAUUAUUGACACAAAUAUUGCAAUAUGAUAAAUGUCCUCGAAAACAUACCAUAAAUUAAUAUUGUAUAAUACUGUAAUAAGUUUAGCUGUUGAUACUGAAAACGUGUCGCAUGGCAGAAAUUACAAUAGAAGUAGCCUAGAUUCAAACAGUUGGUGGUAUAAAGACAUUGUAUAACAUACUACUGGCCAAGACCUCUCCUAACUUCACCAUAUCUUAUACUACUUUAGGAUAGACUAUAUUGUACAUUAUAUAUUGUAUAUUAGAUAACUCUAUUAUUUAACUAUAUUGUUACCUACUUUAUGUUUAAGAAAUGGAUUUUAUUGUAAAUUGUAACAGUAUAUUUUAACUUUAAUGUAAUAUUUGAUAUCUAGUUAGAUAUAAAUAUGUUUCAUGAAUUUCUUAAAUUUUAAAAUUAAAAUCACUAAUAUUGAAGGUAACAAUUAUUGCAUAAUAUAUAGGUACAUGAAAUCAGGGUACAGAUAUUUUGCUACCUGUUGCAACACAUUAACAUCAUUAGAAUCAAAAACUAGGUUAAGAAAACAUUUAUGUGAUUUGUAACAAAAUUUAUCAUUAUUUAUCAUAUUUUUAUUUUUUGUAACCCAAAAGUUGUACCUAUUAAAUGAAAAAUACUAUAGUGAAUGACCAAAAAGGUGUUACAUAGGUAUUAUGGUGGAAUUUAAGGAUCCCGUAUAGUUUAUCCACAAUAUAACAUUUUAAUUUUGUUCAAUUUAUGUCUUGACUCUUGAUGGCAUAUUUUUACUGAGGGAAACUCCCUUAGAAGUUAAAACCUUUCUGUUGUCUAUUAUCUCACUCAUUUCCGGAGUUAGUGUGUUUUUUUCAAUUUUCAGUUAUAGGCUUAUCACCUAUAUAGUGACAUAGUGUAAUUUUACGUAAAUUGGAAAUACAUUUUUUUCUUAAUUUAUUUAGGUAUACAUAACCAACUAUUUAAAUUUGAAAAAUAACUAGUAUUUUUUUACAGUGACUUUUUUUGAUUACCUCUACUGUACGUCUACUUACUCAAAACUCAUUUACUGUUUCGCCAUUUUUAAGGUCGAAAAUGACCUCUCACUUGUCAUGCUAACAGUAUAGUUAAAUAAUAUACAGCAUUGAGGUAUUCUAUAUAUUUCGAAGUAGUU